ACUGAGGAGGCAGGGUAGAAAUAGAAAAUUCAAACCUUUUCUUAUUAAACUCAAUGCAACACGUUUUUCUUCAUCAAAGAAUUGGCUACCAUCACCAAAAACUCGAUCUUCUGUAGGAGGAAGCUGUAAACAGGCGUCCAAAGAGUUGUUAUUGAUGCUUCUUUUGGUUGAUUUUUGACAAAAAUUGAAUCUUUGUUUUCCCACAAAGUAGGGCGGCGGGGAAAGAUUGAAUCUUUAGGGGCGAAGGUGGUGCGAGUUCGAGCUAAUGGGCCAGGAGCAAGGCAGGUUGGGGUCCUUGCUGAACAACAGAUGGCUGGUAUUCGUGGCGGCGAUGUGGGUGCAGUCGGUGGCAGGUAUCGGAUACCUGUUCGGCAGUCUGUCGCCGGUGAUCAAGAGCGCGCUCGGCUACAACCAGCGGCAGAUUGCCCGGCUGGGGGUGGCUAAAGACCUGGGCGACAGCAUCGGCUUCCUCGCCGGGAGUCUCUGUGAGAUCCUCCCGCUCUGGGCGGCGCUGCUCGUCGGCGUGCUGCAGAACUUUGUGGGAUAUGGCUGGGUUUGGCUCAUCGUCACCGGAAGAGCGCCCCAGUUGCCUCUCUGGGCGAUGUGCAUUCUCAUAUUUGUGGGGACUAAUGGAGAGACAUACUACAACACUGCUGCUCUGGUUUCAUGCGUGCAGAACUUCCCUAAGGCCAGAGGCCCUAUAGUAGGGAUACUGAAGGGCUUUGCCGGUCUUAGCGGUGCAAUCUUGACACAAAUAUUUGCCAUGAUGCACACACCUGAUCAUGCUGCUCUCAUAUACAUGGUGGCUGUCGGUCCAUCAAUGGUCAUCAUCGCCUUGAUGUUCAUUGUCAGGCCCGUCGGUGGCCACCGGCAAGUGCGAGCUUCUGAUCCGUCCAGCUUCGUGUUUAUCUACAGCAUUUGCCUGCUUCUGGCAGCUUAUUUGAUGGGUGUCAUGAUCCUUGAAGACCUCGUUGAGCUUAGCCAUAUUGUUGUUGUGGUGUUCACUGUGGGGCUGCUGUUCCUCUUGCUGGUUCCAAUUGUCGUUCCUCUGCUGCUGACCUUCCACUUUGAUGUCGUCUCCCCUGUAGAAGAGCCUCUCUUGCCCGAGCCAGCCAAAGAAGAGACGAGUAAGUCUGCUGAGCAAAACGAAGUCAUCCUCAGUGAGCUCGAGGACGAGAAGCCCAAGGAAGUUGACCUUCUCCCGGCAUCAGAAAGGCAGAAGAGAAUUGCUCAUUUGCAGGCAAAGUUAUUCCUGGCUGCUGCUGAUGGAGCUGUGAGGGUCAAGAAGAGGAGAGGACCUCACAGGGGAGAGGACUUCACCCUGAUGCAGGCACUCAUAAAGGCAGACUUUUGGCUCAUGUUCAUCUCUCUUCUGCUGGGAUCAGGUUCAGGGUUGACGGUUAUCGACAAUCUCGGCCAGAUGAGUGAGUCUCUAGGCUAUGAUGAAGCUCAUAUUUUCGUGUCCAUGAUCAGUAUUUGGAACUUUCUUGGAAGAGUAGGCGGAGGCUAUUUGUCCGAGGUUAUUGUGAGGGACUAUGCAUAUCCUAGGCCAGUGGCUUUGGCAGUCUUUCAGGUUGUAAUGGCAAUUGGACACUUAUUCUUUGCCAUGGCUUGGCCUGGAACAAUGUACAUAGGAACCCUACUGGUUGGACUUGGAUAUGGAGCUCACUGGGCCAUUGUUCCUGCUGCAGCAUCUGAGUUGUUUGGCUUGAAGAACUUUGGAGCUCUGUACAAUUUCCUCACAGUAGCUAAUCCCGCAGGCUCACUAAUCUUUUCUGGCCUGAUUGCCAGCGUAAUCUACGAUUAUGAAGCAGAGCAGCAAGCCCGGAAACACCACAAAUCACUUGUACGAAUCCGAAGAUUAUUCGAAGUUGCUUCAUUCAGUGGGGAGGAAACAGUGAAAUGCACAGGGGCCAUCUGUUUCUUCCUCAGCUCACUAAUAAUGUCGGGACUUUGCGCCAUCGCCGUUGUUCUGAGUCUGAUUCUCGUUUACAGGACUAGAAUUGUGUACCGAAACCUUUAUAGUAGAACUCUCAAAUAAUUCGGAACCUUUGGGAAAAAAGUGCCUGCCAACAAUUCAUUAUGUGUUUCUAAAUUGUGUAUUUAGAGAAGGGUACGUCUUGAAUGUUUUCUGGUGUAUUGAUUAUGUUUAUCCAGCAACCAAUAAUUUAGAGGCAUUGGCUUGUAGCCUUUGUGUUUUAUGCUUGUAAUUUGAUUGUGUCAAAAUCAAAACAUUUCUACAUUUCAUUAUAUACUUUCUGAUUAAUGAUCUCAUUGCAAUUCGAAGUUUUCCAUUUCAUCUUCAUGUGGCU